GUUUAUCAACAUCGAGCGGCUUCAGGCUGCAGAACCACAGCUGCAUCGCUUCGGUUCUGCAGGUUCUGAGAGGAAAACCGACUCCUGGUUCAGGUGGAGAUCCAGAGCUGAGCUGAUGUAAAUCCACCAUGGAUCAGUGUAAAGACAAAGAGACGAAGAGAUUUCUGCUGUUUAAAGACAAAAAGAUGAAGACCAAACCUCUCAGUAUCAAAAAGCCUUCAAUAAAGCUGUCAGCUGAUCCGGUUCUGGAGUCCUCCAACCAGAGGUCGACAUGCCUGACCUGGUGCUGGCCCAGCCGAGCUCCGAGACCAGACCGUGUUGAAUCUGAAUGUGUUCUGGAACAGAAACCCGAGACUAAAAGUGAAGCUAAAGAUAAAACCAAAUCUGCUGUCAAGACGACGAGUCCUAAGAUGAAAAUCAACGAGAUGUCCAAGGAACAGGAGGAGUGCUGGGCGUCCAUUUGUCCACCUGGAGACAAAGACGCUGAAACCAAGGUUUGGCUGAAGGAGUCUUUGGAGAAGCUGGGCGACAGGGAGUUGAAAUACUUCCACAAGUGUCUGUGGACCAUGGACAAGUCCAAAGAUGGCUUCAAACCCAUCAAGCAGAUUCGACUGAAGGGAGCAGACACACUGGACACAGUGGACCUGAUGAGUCAGACGUACCCAAAGAAGAUCAGAGUGGUGACCGAGAAGAUCCUGGAGAAAAUCAACACAAACCAAGGAAAUGAGGUUCACAAUCGGGUUCUGGACUCUCUGGACAAUCUGAACGACAAACAGCUGAAGUACUUCCACUGGUUCCUCCAAACAGCAGACGAGUCCAAGGACGGCUUCAAACCCAUCAAGAAGAAGGACCUGGAGGACGCAGACAGACUGGACACAUCGGAUCUGAUGGUUCAGACAUACACCACAAACACCAAGGAGGUCACAGAGAAGAUCCUGAAGAAGAUCAAGACCAACAAAGGCAAAGACAUACCAGAAGCUGAGGAGCAGAUGAAGCCGUCUUCUCCAGCUGAAGCAGAAAAGAAAGAAGUCUCCAAGGUUCUGGAGGAGUUUGUUAAGAAAGCUUCAAAUGAAACCCUGACCCGGCUGUCAGAGGCUCUAGCAGCAGAUGGUGUGUUGAAGUCCUCUGAGAAGCAACACAUUCUGGAGAAGAACCACACCAGAGGAAACAGAGCGAGCUGCCUUGCUGACACGGUGAUGGAUAAAGGACCUGCUGCCUGGAAGAAGAUGAUCCACCACCUUCAGGCUGUUGAUGCUCCACUGUCCUCCAAGCUGGGCUUGUCCUCCAAGCUGGGCUUGUCCUCAGGUCCGUCUGUUCAGCAAGGUCCAGUUAUCGCCAUCCAUGCCCCGGACUGCUGCUCAACAGAACCCAAUCCAGAACCAGAAUCUGAGCCUGGUGGCAUUAAACGUCUGCUAGGUUUAAUGCCUUUAAAAGGAUCCUCAACUAACCUACUGGAUUUAAUUCCAUUGAAAGGCUCUUCAACCAAUCUAAAAGCCGAAGAGAAUAAAGAUGACAGCUGGCAGCAGAUCUGCCCAGAAGGGGACAGCGAUGCUGACAUCAAGCAGUGGUUGAAGGAUCAUCUGGAAGAUCUGGACAAAAGGGAGAUGAAGUACUUCCACUGGUACCUUCAAACCGCGGAAAAGUCCAAGGACGGCUUCAGGCCAAUCAAGAAGAGCCGCCUGGAGCACGCAGACCUUCUGGACACGGUGGACCUGAUGGUUCAGAUGUACACCAACACCACCAAGAUGGUGGCAGAAAAGAUUUUCAAGAAGAUCAAUAAAAAUAAAGGAGAUGGUUGUAAAGAUUGGCUUCUGGAUAUUUUGGAAGAGCUGGACAACAGGGAGAUGAAGUACUUCCACUGGUACCUUCAAACCGCAGACAAGUCCAAAGACGCCUUCAAACCGAUCAAGAGGAGCCGCCUGGAGGGAGCAGACCGGCUGGACACGGUGGACCUGAUGGUUCAGACGUACGCCGUCAAAACCAGGGAGGUCACCAGGAACAUUCUGCAGAAGAUUGAGAAGAAUAAAGAGACUGUUGUUCCUGAAGUUGAAGAACAGAGUACUCCAUCUUCUACAGCUGCUGCAGAAGAGAAAGUGCUCACCAGGAUGCUCAAUGACUUUGUGGAGAAGGUACCAAGAGAAACGUUAUCACAGCUCAUGGAGGCUCUCAUGACUGCAAACACCCUGAAGUCUUCAGAGAAGGAGGCAAUACUUCAGAACCACACCAGAGUCAACAUGGCCAGUUGCUUCGUUGACAUUGUGAUGGAGAAGGGAACCAACGCCUCCAAGGAGCUGGUGAACCGUCUUCAAACCAUCAACCCUCAGCUGUCCUCUGAGCUGCGCUCGCCGUCUACCCCAGGUCACAAGUCUUUCAAACAGCUCUUCACUAGUAAGAAAACAAGGGAGAUGACGAAGGAACAGGAGGAAUGCUGGCGCCAGAUCUGCCCUCCAGGAGAUAAAGACUGUGAGUCAAUCAUCUUCAAACCUUCUGAUUUGAAGCGUUGGUUGAAGAAAACUCUGGAGGAUCUGAAGAACAGGGAGGUAAAGUACUUCCACUGGUACCUGCGGAUUGCAGACGAGUCCAAAGACGGUUUCCAACCAAUCAAAAGGUUCCGUCUGAAGCACGCGGACAGACUGGACACGUUGGACCUGUUGGUGCAGAUGUAUCCUGGAAAGGUGAAAGAGGUCACAGAGAAGAUCCUGGAGAAGAUCAGAACCAACACGGCGCAGCACUGGGUCCUGGAAAUGUUUGUGGACAUGGGAGACCAGGACCUUAAAUACUGCCAGAUGUUACUGCAGGGCGCCGACAAGCUGAAGCGCAGUUCCCUGAAGAGGGGUCCUGCGGCAGAGGGACAGGAAGUGGACGCCAUGAACCUGAUGAUGCAGGUGUACAACUCAGAGCACAGAGAGGCGCUGGAGAGAGCUCUGAAUGAAAUCCAGGAGACUUCAGAACUGCCUGAUGACGAAGACCAGGACAACCCAGCUUCUCCAACGGCUCUACGAGGUUUGAGUUCUGUUCGUGUUCGGACCCACAGAAAUACCUUCCAUCAAAUCCCCACUAUGUGUCUAUUUUGGUUGCAGCAAAGAAAAUGAAGAGCAUGCUGCUUGACUUUAUCAAGAAAGUGUCCAAUAAAA